UUCAGAUACAGCAAUGAUUCAUAAGCGAGUAAAAUCGGCAGAGUUCAAAGGAACGAAUGGAAAAAUUGACUAUUAUGAUUCGAGUGAUGAAGAGGAUCUGAGGAAUACGAUAGGUAACAUCCCGAUUUCGUGGUAUGAUGACUUCGAGCAUAUCGGUUAUGAUAAAAACGGAAAUCAGAUCGAAUCGGAUAAAAAAAAGGAUGGUAUGGAAGAAUUCCUUGAUCGGAUGGACGACCCUAAUUACUGGAGUAAAGUUUACGAUCGGCAAAGCGGUGGUUUUAUUACUUUAAACGAUGACGAAGUGAAAAAGCUGAACGCACUGAAUGCCUCGAAAUAUCCAUCAGUUGGUUACAAUCCAUAUCAGCCAUUCGUGGACAUCUUCUCAUCACAAGUAGAAAUUCAUCCAAUAUCGAAUCGUCCAGAUUCUAAACGUUCAUUUAUUCCUUCACUGGAUGAAAAGCGUCUUGUUGGGAAGAUGGUGCAUGCUAUCAAAAUGGGUUGGCUGCGACCAUCUCGACCAAAGCAGAUUGAAAAAAAAGUUUAUGAUUUAUGGUCUGAUAAUUCCUCCAAUGAGAAAACGAAAAGUGAGUUAGCCAGGAUACGAAUGCAUUUUCCUGCACCAAAAGUUCCUUUACCUGGGCACGCUGAAAGUUAUAAUCCGCCGGUAGAAUAUUUAUGUGAUGAGGAAGAAUUAAAGAAAUGGAAGGAAACUGAUCCAGAAGAUCGACGAUUAGACUUUGUCCCAAAAAAAUAUGACUGUUUGAGGAAAGUGCCGGCAUAUGAUCGAUUUUAUAACGACCGUUAUCAGCGCUGCCUUGAUUUAUAUUUAGCACCACGGCAAAGGAAAAUGAAGUUAAAUGUUGACCAUGCAGAUUUGCUUCCUGAACUUCCUAACCUGGCGGAAAUGCGUCCUUUCCCAACGACACAGAGCUUCCGUAUGCUUGGUCAUUCCGGGCAAGUGAGGAGUUUAUCCUUUGAACCUGAAUCAACGGAAAUCUUCGCAUCAGGUGGUGAGGACGGAACGCUACGAGUGUGGUCCGUAUGUGAUGGGAGAUGUCUCAAAACGACAAGUUUGGAAGGUUCAAUAACAAGUGUAGCUUAUUGCCCUCUUAAAAAAUGGACACUUUUGGCUGUUACAGUGGAAUCGAAUAAAAUGAUUUUAAUAAAUUCCUACUGUGGAGAUCGCUAUCGUAUCACGGCUACUACGGAAUAUUUAUCAAAACUCCGAUGUGAAUCUUCAGAAAGUGAUACUUUAAAAUGGAAACAUGAAGGGAAGAACACUAUAUCAAUUGAUCUUGGAUAUGUUGCACGUCAAGUAGUAUGGCAUCACAAAGGUGAUUACUUUGCAACGUUUGCUAAUUCGAAGUCGCCGAAACUUGUUUAUAUACAUCAACUUUCGAAAUGUAAAUCUCAGCGACCUUUUUCUCGUUUAAAAGGCCUUAUGACGGUGUUGUCAUUUCAUCCAUAUGAGCCGCUUCUGUUUGUUGGAACGCAAAGAUAUAUACGAAUUUAUGAUUUGGCGAAGUGUCAGUUGAAGAAAAAAAUCAUAACCGGUUCACAGUGGGUGAGCUCCGUGCAUGUUGACUUUCGAGGAGAUAAUGUGUUUGUUGGCGGUCAUGAUAGAGUUUUUUCAUGGAUCGACUUGCAACUUUCUAGUAAACCAUGGAAAAGCGUCAAACAUCAUACGGCAGCUAUUCGUGCAGUUACACAGCAUGCAAGAUAUCCAUUAAUUGCAACUGUAUCGGAUGACUCAACCGCAAUUGUGUAUUAUGCCCGAAUCAAUAAUGAUCCAUUCAAAGAGAAUGAAUUUAUACCAGUACGAAGGUUGCAUAUCCAAACAGCUCAGAGAAAUGGUCUUUCAGUUCUAGCUGCAAUAUUUCAUCCCUCGCAACCAUGGUUAAUAACUGCGCACGUCGAUGGAUCGAUUGCUUUAUUCACUUAAGCUAGUUGAACCAUAUAAUUAUGAAGACUACUUUCAAUUUGCCUAUUAUCAAUUGUUAGGUUCGGCCCCAGUAAAACUCACUAAUAAUGUAUCGCAGAUGUUUAUUUGAUAUAAUUUUUUACAGAUUAAUAUCCAUACAGCUACUAUGAAAGCCAAUGCGAAAUAGUUCUUAUUCUGUUUUCGUCAACUUUGUAGUUGAUUGUGCGCUUAAAAGUGAAGUUUUAAAAGAAAAGUUAAGUAUUAACUGACAAAGACGUCGAAACGCUG